AUAGUCGUGUUUCAUAUCGAUAAUCAAUUGUAUUUGUUAUGCGUCCCACCUAACCAAAACCUGAAUUCUAAACUUCACCACUGUCGAGUCAUCUCAUCGGAUAUUCCAAGGCGCCAAGCCACCAACCUUUGGCAUCAUCGCAGCUCUUUCAACAUGUCAAUAACAUUUCAAAACCUCGUUACCCGUCAUUCACACGCUCGCAUCUCCCUCAGAUUAAACUCCCCCAAUCUUAAGACCCCUAAUUUCGAUAUCACAGUUCUUCCGCAUUACCAAACCCUAAAUACCCGACUGGUAAUCCCUUUGAAGUUACGUUCGAUUCAUACGGAACGACAUUCUUCGAUAAGAGCCUUGGAAUCAGAUGGAGUUGUUGAUAAACAAUACAUUGUUGCUGCUGAUACAUUCAAUAUCGAUGCUUUUCUUUCUAUAGCUGAAUUCUUUUGCCUUGCUUCUUCUGCUGUUCUUUCGAUCGGGUUUGUUAUUAAUUCAACGUUUUCGACUUCACAAAAACCUGUCUUGGAGUGGUUUGGGAACCGGGUGACAGUGUGGCAGUCUUUGUUGUUGGUGGUGGGGAUUGUGAUUGGUGCUACUAUUAGGAGACGACAAUGGAGGAGAAUCUGUUUAGGGUUUAGUAAACCCGGAUCUUCUGGGGUUAAUUUGGUUGAGAGAAUUGAGAAAGUGGAAGAGGAUCUUCGAAACUCAGCUACCAUUAUUAGGGUUUUGUCAAGGCAGCUUGAGAAACUGGGAAUUCGGUUUAGGGUCACGAGGAAGUCUAUGAAGGAGCCCAUUGCUCAGGCUGCAGAAUUGGCUCAAAAGAACUCUGAAGCCACUAGGGCACUUGCAAUGCAAGAAGACAUUCUGGAGAAAGAGCUUGCUGAAAUUCAGAAAGUUCUGUUGGCAAUGCAGGAUCAACAACAAAAGCAACUUGAACUCAUCCUUGCCAUUGCCAAAAGUGGGAAACUUUUUGACAACAGCAAACCAGUAGUAGCCCCUCAAGAUCAGAAGAAAGCCGAAACUAGCCCCUUAACUGGAAAACCAGAUGGAAAGAGAUGAAAAUUCAAACUUUUGGUAGCUAAAAAGAAAGCCAACAGUGUGAUGAGGUUGCAAAUUUGAAGCCAUGGAUCCUGAGUUAACACUGAAAUAUGGGUGCUUGAUUUGUACAUUUUGAGGCAGUUCAGAAUUGGAGAAGGAUAAUGACUUUUUUACCCUUUCCCUUUUGUUAAAGAGGUACAUUUUCCCAAAUAUGCAUUGUCAUCAUACAUAUGAUAUUUUGUUGUAGAGAAUCCUUACUCAUAAAAAACUAAUAUCAAUGGAUAUGUCAAACAUUUAGUCGA